AUGGGGAACCAGGACGGGAAACUGAGGAGGAGCGCGGGCGAUGCCUCGCACGAGGGCGGCGGCGGCGGCGGCGAGGAUGCUGUGGGGCCCAGGGAUGUGGAGGCCACAAAGAAGGGGAGCGGGGGAAAGAAGGCGCUGGGCCAGCGCGGCAAAGGGACCGGGGGCGCCGGCGGGGAGCCCAGCAAGAGAAAGAACAAGUCUGACUCCAGAGCCUCGGUGUUUUCCAACCUGCGGAUCAGGAAGAACCUGUCCAAGGGGAAAGGCGCCGGCGGCUCCCGCGAGGACGUGCUGGACUCCCAGGCCCUGCAUACCGGGGAGCUGGACAGUGCUCACUCCCUGGUCACCAAGACCCCGGACCUCAGCCUCUCUGCGGACGAAACGGGCCUGUCGGAUACCGAGUGUGCGGACCCUUUUGAGGUGACCCGUCCAGGGGGUCUUGGGCCCGCCCUGACUGGGGUCGGGGACCGGGCGGUCACCGAGGAUUUGGAAACUGCGCCAGGAGCGCAGGAUGGACAAAGGACCAGUUCGGGCUCGGACACGGACAUCUAUAGCUUUCACUCGGCUACGGAGCAAGAGGAUUUGCUUUCAGACAUCCAGCAGGCGAUCCGCCUGCAGCAGCAGCAGCUCCAGCUCCAGCAGCAGCAGCAGCACCGGCUGCAGGGAUCUGAGGAGCCUGCAGCGACCCCCACGGCCGCCUCCCCUCAGCCCGGGGCCUUCCUGGGCCUUAACCAGUUCCUGCUGGGGCCGAACGGCCGAGCUGCGGAGGUCCCGGGUAGUCCGGACACAGAGCAGGCGCUGUCCGCACUCUCGGACCUGCCCGAGAGCCUGGCCACCUCGCCCCCGGUGCGCGAGCAGCCGCCAUCCCCUGGUGGCCGCCUCGCCCCUGAGGCGCCCGGUCUCCCGGCGGCCCAGCCGUCAGCCUCAGACUCGCCAUCGUCCACGGCCUUCCCGUUUCCCGAGGCCGGGCCGGGGAAGGGCGCAGCUGGAGCCCCGGUGCAAGGGGCUGGGGACACGGAUGAGGAGGUCGAGGAGGAUGCUUUUGAGGAUGCUCCCCGAGGCUCCCCGGGGGAGGAGUGGGGUCCGGAGGUGGGAGAGGCCCCGAAGAGGCUGGGAGAAGAGCCAGAGGCGGGGCCUGGCAACCCUGCGGACACCUCCCUGCCCGGCAGCCCCGCGCCCAGCCCGCGCUGCUUCAAGCCCUACCCGCUCAUCACCCCCUGCUACAUCAAGACCACCACCCGGCAGCUCAGCUCUCCCAAUCACUCCCCGUCACAGUCCCCCAGCCAGAGCCCCAGGAUCAAGAGGCGGCUGGAGUCCUCCUUGAGCCGGGGACCCAGAACUGCCUUGGUCUUCGCUGCCGCCGCAGCCAAAAAGCACCGGGCCGACGGCGGCCUUGCGGGCGGCCUCAGCCGCUCCGCAGACUGGACCGAGGAGCUGGGCGCGCUCUCGCCUCGGGCCGGAGGCUCUGUGCACCUGCUGGAGCGCGGGGCGGCAGCGGACGGCGGCGUGGGGGUCUCCCCGGCGCUGCCCGCCAAGAAGUCUGGGGCGCCGGCGGCUCCGGAUGGCUUCCAGAACGUGUUCACAGGGCGAACUCUGUUGGAGAAGCUGUUCAGCCAGCAGGAGAACGGGCCUCCAGAAGAAGCAGAGAAGUUUUGCUCACGGAUCAUUGCGAUGGGCCUUCUACUUCCUUUUAGUGACUGCUUCAGGGAACCGUGUAAUCAGAAUGCCCAGUCAAGUUCAGCACCCUUUGAUCAAGAUCAGCUUUACACCUGGGCUGCAGUUAGUCAACCCACACACUCACUGGAUUACAUAGAAGGGCAAUUUCCCAGGCGAGUCCCGUCUGCGUGGGUACCAUGUAAACCUCCUGAAGAAGAACACAGGUCCAAGGACGCUGAAACAGAAUCUCAAUCUGCUCUUAUGGAAACUGAGAAAAAAUGUUCAGAUGCUGUCCAUCAGGAAGUGUUUGACAUGAAGUAUGAGGGACAGACAACUGUAAUCCAGCAGCUGGAACAGACCAUUGAGGAUCUGAGGACCAGAAUAGCUGAACUAGAGAAGCAAGACCCUGCCAUGACUAUGGAGCCAGCUCGUGGCGGACAUAGGGUUGAGAGUGGAGUGACACCCUCAGAAGAUGUCUGUCUUGACACUUUCAGGGUAGGAGAAAAGGAUGUGCAGUGUCAAAGGACUUUACAGGCAAAAUCCAUUCAGACUUCCCCGACUGAAGACGGUGGGAUUCUGACACUACCUUCUGUGAAUGCGCCCUCAGAGAGUCCUCUGUGCCCACCCGGGGCUGAGAGUGGAGAGUCAGCUGUUCCAUCCUCACCUUCUGGGCCUCAGACAAAAUUCUGUUCAGAAAUUUCUUUGAUUGUGUCUCCAAGGCGAAUAUCAGUACAGCUCGACACCCAUCAGUCCAUACAGAGUACAUCACAGCCUCCACUGUCUCCAUGCCUUCCGUGGUCAGAUGGUCAAGGACAGCCUGGGUCACAGCUGUCCCAUCCUCUUCACACUGAGUUUGAAACCAGCCAUGAGCACUCUGUUUUCUCCUCCUCUGAAAACAGCUGUAAUAUCCCACCCCCACCACCUCUGCCUUGUACAGAGUCUUCCAGCUCCAUGCCUGUCCUGGACAGGGUGAUCCCCCUACCUCACCCUGCCCCUGGCAUGACAGUGCCUGCUCUGCCCAGUACUUCAGUUCCCCCACCUCUUCCUCUUCAGGGUACAGAAAUGCUGCCACCUCUUCCCUUUGCCCUAGCCAGAGUGGAAAUACCUCCUCCCCCCACUCUUCCUGGAGUGGGAAUACCCUCUCCCCCUCCCCUACCUGGAGUGGGAAUACCCCCUCCCCCUCCCCUACCUGGAGUGGGAAUACCUCCUCCACCUCCUCUUCCUGGAGUGGGAAUACCCCCUCCCCCUCCCCUACCUGGAGUGGGAAUACCUCCUCCACCCCCUCUUCCUGGAGUGGGAAUACCCCCUCCCCCUCCCUUACCUGGAGUGGGAAUACCUCCUCCACCCCCUCUUCCUGGAGUGGGAAUAUCCCCUCCCCCUCCCAUAGCUGGAGUGGGAAUACCUCCUCCACCCCCUCUUCCUGGAGUGGGAAUACCUCCUCCACCCCCUCUUCCUGGAGUGGGAAUAUCCCCUCCCCCUCCCCUAGCUGGAGUGGGAAUACCUCCUCCACCCCCUCUUCCUGGAGUGGGAAUACCCCCUCCACCUCCUCUUCCUGGAGUGGGAAUACCCCCUCCACCCCCUCUUCCUGGAGUGGGAAUACCCACUCCCCCUCCCCUACCUGGAAUGGGAAUACCUCCCCCACCCCCUCUUCCUGGAGUGGGAAUUCCCCCUCCCCCUCCUCUGCCUGGUGCCAGGAUUCCCCCACCUCCUCCUUUGCCAGGUAUGGGGAUUCCACCUGCUCCAGCUCCUCCUCCCCAUCCACCUGGAACAGGAAUCCUCCCACCCCCGCCACCUCUGCUUCCUGGAUCAGGCCUUCCACUUCCCUCUCAAGUUGGGAGUAGCACUUUAUCAGCACCACAAGUGUGUGGAUUUCUUCCUCCUCCAUUGCCAGCUGGCUUGUUUGGGUUAGGGAUGAAUCAGGACAAAGGGAGUAGGAAGCAGCCAAUAGAGCCUUGUCGGCCAAUGAAGCCUCUUUAUUGGACAAGAAUUCAGCUCCACAGUAAAAGAGACUCCAGUUCUUCACUUAUUUGGGAAAAAAUUGAAGAGCCAUCCAUAGAUUGUCAUGAAUUUGAGGAAUUAUUUUCUAAAACUGCUGUAAAGGAGAGAAAGAAACCUAUUUCUGACACCAUCUCAAAGACAAAGGCUAAACAAGUAGUCAAGUUAUUAAGCAACAAAAGAUCACAAGCAGUUGGAAUAUUAAUGUCUAGUCUUCAUUUAGAUAUGAAAGACAUACAACAUGCUGUUAUGAACUUGGACAAUUCUGUGGUUGACCUGGAAACCCUUCAAGCUCUCUAUGAGAAUAGAGCACAGUCAGAUGAACUGGAAAAAAUUGAAAAGCACGGCCGGUCCUCCAAAGACAAGGAAAAUGCCAAGUCUCUGGACAAACCUGAACAGUUCCUUUAUGAACUAUCACAAAUCCCCAACUUUUCGGAGCGAGCCUUUUGCAUCCUGUUCCAAGCUACAUUUUCAGAAAGCAUUUGCUCAAUUCACCGUAAACUAGAAUUACUACAGAAGUUGUGUGAGACAUUACAAGAUGGCCCAGGGGUUAUGCGAGUUCUGGGUUUGGUUCUUGCCUUUGGCAACUACAUGAAUGGUGGAAAUAAGACUCGGGGACAAGCAGAUGGUUUUGGAUUAGACAUUCUUCCAAAGCUGAAAGAUGUCAAAAGCAGUGACAAUAGUAGAAGCCUUUUGUCGUAUAUUGUUUCAUAUUAUCUACGAAAUUUCGAUGAGGAUGCUGGAAAAGAACAGUGUGUUUUUCCACUGCCUGAACCCCAAGACCUUUUUCAGGCCUCGCAGAUGAAGUUUGAAGAUUUUCAAAAGGAUCUCAGAAAACUGAAGAAAGACUUGAAAGCCUGUGAAGUUGAAGCAGGGAAAGUGUACCAGGUCUCCUCAAAAGAGCACAUGCAGCCUUUCAAAGGAAAUAUGGAACAAUUUAUUAUUCAAGCUAAAAUUGACCAAGAGGCAGAGGAAAAUUCACUGACAGAGACUCAUAAAUGCUUUUUGGAGACGACAGCCUAUUUCUUCAUGAAACCCAAGAUUGGAGAGAAGGAGGUGUCCCCAAAUGUUUUCUUCAGCAUCUGGCAUGAAUUCAGCUCCGACUUUAAAGACUUUUGGAAGAAAGAGAACAAACUUAUUCUACAAGAGAGGGUGAAAGAAGCUGAAGAGGUGUGUAGACAGAAAAAGGGAAAAUCACUUUAUAAAAUAAAACCAAGGCAUGACUCUGGAAUUAAAGCAAAGAUAAGCAUGAAAACCUGA